AAACUAUUCGUUUGAUAAAAACAAUGAAAAUAUGUUCUCAUUUUACUACAAUGUUAAUCAGUUUUCUUACACUCGUCUAGUUAACGUAUGAGAAGAAAUUUCAGUAUCACUUUAUCGAUUGUUUGUUCGUGAUAUUGGUGACCUACUCUGACAAUAAUCAGAAUAAUUAAUUUAAAUGCUAGUAAUUCAUUAUCUUCCUACAAGAUAAAAUGAGGUCAUCAUUUCAGUAAAAUAUCAGCACAUAUGUUUUGAAAUUUACUGAUUUUACAGAUGAAGAUUAACACAAAAAAUUCGAGCUAUAAUAUUUUUAUAAAUAAGAGUUACAAAAUGUAGUCAAAUAUAUUUUUUAAAAAAUGUCAAAUUAUCGUCCAUUGCCUCAAACUGAUCGGUCGACGGAUUGGCGGUCACGUCGACCGUUAUUAUGAAGAAGACCGCUGUUAAUUAUGAACGUACGCAUUCUUUGCAGGAUGAUGAAGAUGACAGUCAUGAGAUAAUACUUGAACGAGAUCCAUUUCGACGGCCAAAGUCCCAUCGUAUCACUGUUUUAUCAAGGCAAAAUGGAUUGGAAAAGGAACAGUUUAAAAGUGAAAUUGAUUUGCCUAAAAUAAAUCGAAAAAGUUGGCAGGGUGAAGAUCAAGUGCUUUUAAAUAAUGGAGUACCCUUAGAUGAAGAAGAUAGUACAGGAAAACUUCGCAAAUGGAGUAAAAGCAAAAUAGAUUUGGUUAUGCCAAGUUUACGUUCUUUGGUUACUUUGGCCAGAGGAAAGUCAUCUUCAACUACAUCAUUAAGUCAGCCUAGUUCAGCAGAAAGUUGGUCACAUUUAGGAAGUAUACGUGGUAGUGAUGAACCUAUUCGAAAGUACAAUACAAUGGUAACAUUAUCUAAAGUAGUGCUUAAUCGACCAAUGGGAAUUAAACCUAUUAAUCGAUUACGAGACACUGCAGUUUGUUCAAGAUGUAGCAGUGUUUUAUCACUAGCAGCUUCAUCAUCAAGGUACUCUUUAGGCUCAGCUUCAAGUUUUGUCAUACAUAAAGACCAACCAAUUGUAUUAUGUAAAGUUUGUUUGAAUGAAGUUCCUAUAAAAAACUCUUGGACACUUCAACAGUGUGAAUGCUCUUAUUGUAUUGAUUGUGCAAAAGCAUAUGUAGAAUUUGAAAUCAACCAAGGAGCAUAUAAUAUUUCUUGCCCUGAUGCUCAAUGUUCAAAACAAGGAGUAAUUCAAAUAGAAGAAAUUGAAGUUUUGGUUAGUGUAGAUGAAAUUGAAAAACAUCACAGAUACAGAUUAAAUAAAGAGGUAGAACUGGACAAAAGUCGAAUGUGGUGUCCAAAGCCCGGGUGUGAAACUGUUUGUAAUGUUGGUGAUCGUUCUCGUCCUCAUAGAGUUGCUUGUCCUACUUGUCAAACAGAUUUUUGCUCUGGAUGUCGUGCAACAUGGCACCCUGGUAAACCUUGUCCUCCACCGUCUACUCAUGAUAUGCCAACAUUUGAUUCUGAUUUGAUUAAAUGUUGUCCAAUGUGUAGUGUCCCUAUUGAAAAAGACGAAGGCUGUGCUCAAAUGUUAUGUAAACGAUGCAAACAUGUAUUUUGUUGGUAUUGUUUAGCUUCUUUAGAUGAUGAUUUUUUACUAAGACAUUAUGAUAAAGGUCCAUGCAAAAAUAAAUUAGGACAUUCAAGAGCUUCAGUUAUAUGGCAUCGAACUCAAGUUAUAGGUAUAUUUGCUGGAUUUGGAAUACUGCUUUUAGUAGCUAGUCCACUAUUGUUACUGGCUGCUCCAUGUAUAGUAUGUUGUAAAUGUCGUGUUUGUACUAGUGGAUCUAAACUAGAUGAUACUGAUGAUGAUAUUUUAGAUGAACCUAAUUGACUCGAAACUUAAAUUAUUUUUAUUCUUAAUUAUAUUGAAGAGUUGUUACAAUAUGCUGCCUAGUCAUCAAAUUCAUUAUUAUUAUUUUUUUUAAUUACAAUUUUUGUUGAACAAAUUUCAUUUUUGUACUAGUUGGGGGUAUAAAAUAUAAAGCUAAAACUAUUUCCAAUAAUCAAUCAAUUUUUGUGUAUAGUUUAUUAAUAGUACUUAAUUAUAAUAAAAACUCGUGAUUUCUCUUAAAGCUCUAAAUUAUUUAUUAAUUAACUACAGAAUAUUUUUAUUUUUAGUUAUCAAUGAAUAAUAUGAGCUAAGUAAAAAAUAAACGAAUAAAUAAGUGUUAAGAAAGAGUUCAUCUACUUAAAAUUAUCUUGAAAACUAACUUUUUAAAAUUAUUGUUGAAAAUGCCGAUCAAUUUUUUAAAAUAAUUUUUAAACAAAAUUAAUAUUAUGAACAACCCUACUUUACUAUUUUUGUAAUUAAGACUCAGAAUGUAUUAUUAUUUUUACUACAAGUAAAUUUUGUAUUUGUUAUGUGUAAAUACACAUUAAAUUAAAAUUCCAUUGUUAAACAUAAUAAAAAAACUUGUUAUUUUUAAAAGUUUAACUUUAUUAAAAUAUUUGGGGGAUAGGUAAGCAUGUUUAUGUUAGUUAAUUAACAUGUAAUCAUUACACUUUUAUAUUUGUUAAAAAUUUUAAAACUUGACCAAUAAUUAUUUCCUAAAUUUAGAUUAUAAUUAGAAAACAAAUUAUUUCAGUUACAUAAUAUCAAAUCAUAGUAAUUUUCCUAAAAACAUAUUUAUGAUAAAUUUAAAAAAAACUAACACAAAAAUGUAUAUGUCUUAUGUUCCAAUAAUAUAACUUAAUUAUUUAUUUAAAAUUUGUAGAAAUAUAUAAAUAAUAAAAUUUAAAAACCAACACAUUUAGGAAAUAAAAUUAACUUCAAAUCCAUUCCAUUCCAAUAUAUUUUGAUAAACACUGAAUAUUGAGUAUUAUACUUCAGUCCUUUAAUUUUUACAAUUUUUUAUUCAUGAUAACAUUUAUUUACAGUUAUUAAAUACAUUUUUAAUACCUAAAUAUAAAAAAAAUAUUUUGCAUUUAUAGAAUACUAUUGUUUAUUUUUCUUAAAUCUUUACCAAGAUAUUAGUUCAUAUAUAUUUUAAAUUUAUUACUCAUUUUCUGUUAGUAUGCUGUGAUAUGAAACAAAUAUUUAAUAUUAUAUUGUACUAUAAAUGUAUUAAGUAAUAUUUAUUUUGUUAACUGUAAUAACUUAAUUUAUUCUGACAUUAAAGUAACAUACAUAUUUGUUAACCAUUGCUUAAAUAAUAUUAAUAUUUUACUGUUAUUUUUUCUUGAAAAAAAAAUAUCUAAAUACUGUUAUGUGUCUAUUGACUAUUUGUACAACAAUGUAAAAAAUUGUACAAUUAAAUGUAUAAUUACCUAUUAUUAUUAUUUUUUUAUUUCUAUAUAGGAGACAAUAAGGUGAAUUGUGAUGCUGCAAUGUAACUAUUAUUGUCUAAUAUUAUUUAAAUAAUUGUUAUUAUAGAUCAUUAUCUUGUAAAGGCAAGUAUCAAGUUAAUAAAUUAAAAUUUAUAUUUCUUAAUUAUUGAAAAAUUAAAUUUAUCAAAUCAAUGUGAUUUUUUUUCGAAUGAAUAUAUUAAUUGAAAUAAUA